AUGACCAAGCUCCUGACCGCCGUGAGCCUCGCGCUCGCCUCGACCGGGCUCGUCGCGUCGGCCUCGCCCGUCGACGCCGCCGUCGAUGCCGCCGCCAAACCAUGCCUCAAGGGCCCCGCGCUGCGGCACUGGCCGCGCUCGGCGGCCACGGCGCUCAACACCAUGAUUGCGGCCAACGCGCACCAGGGCCGGUACGCGGCCUUUGACAUGGACAACACGAGCUACCAGUACGACCUCGAGGAGUCGCUGCUGCCGUACCUCGAGAACAAGGGCGUCAUCACGCGCGACACCAUGGACCCGUCGCUCAAGCUCGUCCCCUUCAAGGACACGGCCGCGCACAACGAGACGCUCUACAGCUACUACCUGCGCCUGUGCCAGAUUGACGACGCCAUCUGCUACCCGUUUGCCGCGCAAAUCUUUAGCGGCAUCCCCCUGCGCACGCUCAAGGUGUACGUGGACGAGCUCAUGGCGCUCAACGGCACCGUGCACACGAGCUACUACGAGGGCGACGAGCUCGUCAAGGUCGACGUCAGCCCGCCCCGCGUGUUCCGCGGCCAGGUCGAGCUGUACAACAAGCUCAUGGCCAACGGCAUCGAAGUGUACGUCGUGUCGGCCGCGUCCGAGGAGCUGGUGCGCAUGGUCGUCGCGGACCCCAAGUAUGGCUACAACGUCAAGCCGGAAAACGUCAUUGGCGUCACGACGGCCCUCCGCAACGUCGGCAGCACCGCGCUCACCUCGGCGCGCAAGCAAAUCAGCGCCGGCGCGUACGACGAGGCCGCCAACCUGGACCUCGUCAUGACGCCCUUUCUCUGGACCCCGGCCACGUGGAAGACGGGCAAGUGGGCUGCCAUCUUGUCCUACAUUGACAUGUGGAAGAAGCCCGUCCUCGUCGCCGGCGACACGCCCGACAGCGACGGGCCGAUGCUGUUUCACGGCGUCGACGUCCGCAGGGGCGGCAUCCACCUCUGGGUCAACCGCAAGGACAAGUACCAGAAGCAGAUUGACCAGAUGAAGACGGACUUUGCGGCCGCCCAGGCCAAGGAGGGCUGGCCGGUGACGGCCGACAAGAACUGGGUCACGGUGAAGCCGGCGGACAUUUUGUAA